AUGCAUUUCUUGCCCAUCCUUGCGGUUUCCCUUGGAAACGUCCUGUUUGCUUCUGCCUACUGGAAGAGAGCCACAUAUUACCAUGACAACAACUGCGAUGCAGGCGGCGAUUUUGCGGCACAAUACUUUGAAUAUGAUCCGGGUUCCGACGGCGUUUAUUGUUUCAACGUGACCGCGAAGGCACCCGUUCAAUCCAUUUAUGAUCCUGAUGUAGGAGGGGAUCCCCAUACUCCCGGUUCCUCUUAUUAUUCAUCUGUAUCUUUCGACGAACCUGGCUGCAAGGGUCGGUCUUCGAAAGGAAACUCGCAAUGUGUUACUGCAGGCUCCAAGAAUGAAACUUUUGCUAUCAAGUCGUGGCAAAAUGUUUACCACGCCGGAUCCUCCUAG